AUUUGUCAAAACGAACGAAAAUGGUCCCGAAAGACAUAAAAAAAGUCGUAAAACAUGUAAAGCCUAUAUUAUCAGUAACACAAAAAGAAGCGAGGAAAAGAGUGUUAAGUCUAUACAAAUCGUGGUUUAGGCAAUUACCCUACAUAGUUAAAAAGUAUGAUGUACCGGUAAGUUACGAAGAUUGCAGGCAAAGACUACGUUACGAAUUUACCAAGUACAAGAAAAUCAAUGAUUUGAGGAUAAUCGAUAUGUUAAUUAUCAGGGGACAAAUGGAUCUAAAGGAAGUCGUUAAAGCUUGGAAAACAAAAUCCCACAUUAUGCGAAUGUUUCAAGACGUGUACGAAGUUAAAACUGAAGACUUUUUGAAGAAAUUCUAUUCAAAUAAAUAACCUGUAGCAGAAUUUUCCUAAUAAAUAUUAUCGAG